AUGGCCGACGAGCUAGCAUUGAUAUGGAGCUCCCUGAAACUAACAGAAGAGGAGCAACAGGAACUGGUCCUGCCAGAGGAAAUUAUCCAGUCCAUAAAACUGAGAAGAAGUCACUGCAUCUUUGCCCUCAACCUGAAUGAUAGAAGUGUUAACCGAGAGGCAUUCAAGUCCACAAUGGCUAAGGUGUGGAACUUGGAAGGUUGGAUCACCUUCAAGGAAAUAGGUUUCAACAAGUUUCUCAUAGAAUAUCAACUGCUUUCAGAUAAAAGGAAGGUGCUACAAGGUAGACCAUGGUCCUUUGACUGGCACCUUAUAUGCAUGAAGGACUUCGAAGGUGACCUGGCCCAAAACGAGAUAAUCUUCAAGACAGAACCAUUUUGGGUACAGUUACAUAAUGUACCAUUCGCAGUUAUGAAUGCAGAACAAGGAGAGAAACUUGGCUCCGUAAUUGGAAAGGUUCACAAAGUGGAAACAGAUGAUCAGGGCUGUGGGUGGGGAAGGCACCUCAGAAUAAGGGUGGAUGUCGACAUAAACAAACCUCUCCCUAGAGGAAAGAUGAUCAAAGUGAGAGACAAACAGUGCUGGAUUUAUUUCAAUAAGAGGUAUGGUGGAUCAUCGGAACAGUCCUCACAAGACAACUCCUCUCCGGUGCAACCAAAGGCAGCAGAGGCCCAGAAGGACAACUCGGGAUGGUCCAGCUUAGGUGCAGAGGGGGAAGCUACCAGUCAGAACACUACAGUGGGAGAUCAGAAGCAUGGAAGAGGCCUUACCCCGACAUGUCAGGCUGACCAGACAUGGAACAGUUCAGAAUUAGAAGCCAGCUGUCCAGCCAAGUUUCACGAGGGUCUCUCUCAGCAAGAAAACAUAGAAACCAAAAGAAAAGAGAUCCCCCAUCCUUCCUCAAGACCUCUGACACAGACUAAGACCCCACACCUGGUUUUUCUUAUUGAAACCAAGUGCUCUAGUGAAAAGAUGGAAACAAUUAGAGUUAAAAUGGGUUUUGAUAAUUGUUUUGCUGUAAGGAGUGUUGGAAGAAGUGGUGGUUUAGCCCUCUUGUGGAAUUCAAGUAUAGAGGUGAAGGUGGAUACCUACACCAACUGGCACAUUUCAGUUUAUGUAAAAUUGCCAAAUAUUGAUAAGUCAUGGCUUCUAACGGGGUUCUAUGGUCAUUCUAAUACUGCUAAGAGGUCUGAAACUUGGCAAAUUCUUAAAGCAUUAAAACCAGCACCUCAAGUCUCGUGGUUGUGCUUUGGUGAUUUUAAUGAAAUAACUUGUUUGAGUGAAAAAUAUGGGGCAGCUAUAAGACCAUAUAAGCAAGUUAGGGAAUUCAGACAAACCCUAGCACAAUGUGAGCUAAAUGACUUAGGUUUUCAGGGGGAUAAGUAUACCUGGGCAAAUAAUAGAGAGGGAAGCAAUUUCACCAAGGAGAGACUUGAUAGUGUACUUGGGAACUCCUCCUGGAUUGACAAGUUCGAAGACCACUCAGUGCAGCACCUAGCUACUUACUCAUCAGACCACAAGCCUCUUUUGAUAACCUUGCAAACAAAGAAUAACAGGCCAAGGAAAAAAAGAAUUUUUAGAUAUGAAGCCAAAUGGAGAACAAAGGAAGGUUGUGAAGCACUCAUCAAAAGAUCCUGGGAGGAUAUCCGAGGGUCCAAGGACAAAAUUGGUAGUACAUUGCAAAGUUUGAGAAACUGCAAAACCUGUCUAAAGAAGUGGAGCAAAGACCAGAACAAGAAAGACAAAGCUACCCUACAGUCAAAAACUAAGAUGCUAAACCACCUAAAAGACUAG